UCCAGUAGUGCUUCAUCUUUGCUUUUAGACCAUCUUGCUUACAAAAGUAGUUGAUUUUUUUUUCUCUCUCUCUCUUUCUGGAAGACUUUGAUAUCUUUUUCUCUCUUCCCUUUUCUCCUUCUUAAUCCAUGGACACAGCUCACUGGCCACAGGGGAUUGGAGUGGGUAAAUCCGUAGGAGCUGAAGUUUCUGAUUCAAAGCCUAUCUUAGAGAGAAGAGGAAGACCUCAAAAGGAUCAAGCUUUGACUUGUCCAAGGUGCAACUCAACAACCACUAAAUUCUGUUACUAUAACAAUUACAGUCUCUCUCAGCCAAGGUACUUUUGCAAGACUUGUAGAAGGUAUUGGACUGCAGGUGGGUCUUUGAGAAAUGUUCCAGUGGGUGGAGGCUCGAGGAAGAAUAACAAGAGAUCUCUAUCUUCCUCACCAUCAACUUCCAAUUCAUCAAAGAAGCUUGCUCAUCAUGAUCUGGUGAUGACUCAACAAAGUGCUGUAUCUCAAAACCCUAAGAUCCACCAAGGUCAAGAUCUCAACCUAGCAUACCCACCAACAUCUGAUCAGGACUAUGAUCAUCAUAGCAUCUUUAACCCUAGCUCUUCUAGAAUUAGUACUUCAUCCCCUCAUAAUCUCUCGGCUAUGGAGUUGCUCAAGAGUACUGGGAUCAAUGCAUCAAGGGGAUUAAUGAACUCUUUCAUGGCUCCCAUAUCUGUUUCAGAUUCUAAUACUAUUACGAUGUUCUCUACUGGUAAUCAUGGGUUUCCGAGUUUGCAAGAGUUUAAGCCAAGUCUCAGUUUUUCUCUUGAUGCGUACGAGAGUGGUUAUGGAAGUCUUCAAGGUGUUCAAGAUGGUACUAGUCAUCAGCAUGCAAGGCUCUUGUUUCCUACUGAUCAGGAAUUGAAGCAGAAUCCAAGCACUACUACUGAUACUACUACUACAAGUACUGAAUUUGAGCCAAGUAGAGGAGAAGGAGAUCAUUCUGGUGUGUAUUGGAAUGGAACGUUAGGUGGAUCAUGGUAAAGAGAAACAUAAUGAUGAUCAUGAGGAGGCUAUGGUCGAUUGUAUUUUGGUUUUGGUUUUUACAUGGUGGGUGGGUAAGUUGGUUGGUUUAAUUUGGAGUUUGAUGAGUUAAAUAACAAAUUUAUAGGCUAUAUCGGAUUUCUUUCUUCCUCUAUAAUCACUCUUUUUAGUGCUUAAUUUCUCUCUCUCUCUCUCUCUCUCUCUCUGAUCGAUGAAGAAAUUAAUUUUCUUCUUUUUGAGUGUUGCUUCAAGCACUAGCUAGGACUACUCUACUGAUCAAUGCUCGCUGAAUUAAGAGAGAGGAGCCCAGCAAGUCCCAUAUUCCUUUUUAGGGUUUCCUAAUGCUGAUCACGAGGUGCAAGAGUGGUAGUUAGUUAAAUUAUGUACAAGCUAGAAUACUCUG